UGCUCUUUGUCCUGGAAAUGAUUGGUGGGAUUUCUCAGAGGUCUAGCAUGAAGAUGAGAACUUCAGUUCUCUAGGUGUUGAGGAGCACUGUCAAUUCGAGUCUUGGCAUGAGGAUCCCUGGACCCCCAGUGUGGCUCCAGCUGUGCUCUUGUGACUUCUCAGAGCUUCUUCCCCACUUUGUGUGCUGUCCCUGUGGCACCUGGGGGUGGCUGAGGAUAGAGCCCACCCUCACCCUAGGAGUGGUGCCUUUCAGGGUCCCAGCUCCACUCAGGGGAGGGUUUCCUACUACAGUCCCAUCUUGGGGCAGCCCUGGGCCUUAUCUUCAGUCUCCCUCACCUUCACGCCCACCAGAGCCCAGUUUGCCCACAUAGGCCAGUGCCCCAGGGAAUAGCCAGUGUACUCUGCUCUCUUUUUUCUCUGGGUUUCCACGUUCUCUGAGAUACUGGCCAAAUCCUGCAUGACCUUGUUAGUUCUUGGGUGCUUUUAAGAUCUUUUCAUAUUCAUUCAAGCAUUUUGAGUUGUUUUUACUAGAAGGGUCAGUUCCAGCAGCCUGCCCACCAGUCUUGAUAUCAUCAGACUGGUGAUCCUUUGUGAACAGAACCAUUCUCAGGGACCCAUGUGCAUCAUCUUCUUUAAGUUCGAUCCUCGCCCUGUCUCUAAAAAUGCAUACAGGCUCAUCUUGGCAGCCAACAGGGAUGAAUUUUACCACAGACCAUCCAAGGUCGCUGACUUCUGGGGGAACAACAAUGAAGUCCUCAGUGGGCUUGACAUGGAAGAAGGCAAGGAAGGAGGCACGUGGCUGGGCAUCAGCACACGGGGGAAGCUGGCUGCACUCACCAACUACCUGCAGCCACGGCAGGACCGGGAUGCCCGGGGCCGAGGUGAACUUGUGACCCACUUUCUGACUACAGACAUGGACAGCUUGUCCUACUUGAAGAAGGUCUCUGCGGAGGGCCACCUGUACAACGGCUUUAAUCUCAUAGCAGCUGACCUGAGCACAGAGAAGGGAGAUGUCAUUUGCUACUACGGAAACCGGGGGGAGCCCGAGCCAGUCGUCCUGGCACCAGGAACGUAUGGACUAAGCAAUGCGCUGCUGGAGACGCCCUGGAAGAAGCUGUGCUUUGGGAAGCAGCUCUUCCUGGAGGCCGUGGAGCGGAGCCAGGCACUCCCCAAGGAUGUCCUCAUUGCCCAGCUCCUGCAUGUGCUCAACAAUGAUGAGGCGCAGCUGCCAGACCCGGCCAUUGAGGACCAGGGCAGGGAGUAUGUGCAGCCCUUCCUGAGCAAGUACGCGGCUGUGUGUGUACGCUGCCCGGGCUAUGGCACCAGAACCAACACCAUCAUCCUUGUGGACGCAGAUGGGCACGUGACCUUCACAGAGCGUAGCAUGCUGGACAAGGACCCCUCCUGCUGGGAGACCAGCACCCACGAGUUCAAGCUGCAGAGCUAACCCCUCUCUGUGGGUGUGGCCAUUGGGCUCCUGGAAGGCCCUGCCUCAAGGACCAUUAUGGAUAGGAGCCUCCUGUAGCCACACACACUGCCUGUGACUUGGGCAGGACCAGGGCCCUCUGGUGUUUCUGUGACCUGUCCGUGUCCGUGUGUCCAGCUCAGGGUCUGCCCUUAUGCCGGUGGGAGUGACAAGAGUCCCACAGCCAGGCUUGGGGCAGGCCCAGGUGUGCUGUGCGUGUGUGAAGGCAACUGGGCCUGUACCCUGUCCAAGCAUAGAGGCACAAACUCAAGGCACAUGCUUCCAUGCACACCUGCGGGUGCAUGGGCACAGUACACACAUGUACAGGUAAUAGAUGGGCACACGCAUGCUCAAACACACACACCGAUCCUAGCAUACACACAUAUGCAUGCCAGACAGAGAUGUGCCUCUCACAUCUGCAGGCACUGCCGGCCAGUGGGUCUUUGCUUUGAUCAAAACAACAGGGUGUAUGUAGACUUGUGUUUAAAAGUGGCUCCCUCUCUCCUGGGCGUGGUCUACUUCUGGACAGUUAGACUUGCUCUUGGAGAGGAGGCUGAAGGAUGACAAGAACCCCAAGAAGACCCACUGUCAUAGAAGCACAGGCUGGUUGGUGGUCUUUUGUGCCCUGGGUGGGGGUGGUCUCCUGUGUGCAUGGGGUAGUCCUGUCGGGGGAGGAGGGUGGUCCUGUGUAUGCUGGAGCACCUUGGUAGGCUCUCAGGCACCUACCUGCCCACUGGGGGUCAUGGGUCUUGGGAAGGCCCUCUCAAUGAGGGGACACAGCCAACCCUUGCUGUUUCCCUUCUUGGGGAGUCAGACUUCAUAGGAAUCUGUACUUGAACGUGCGACCGUGAUAAUAAAAUUCUGAGGCUGUGGUGAGUCA